AUGUCCAGAAGAAACUAUACUGAAGUGACAGAAUUUAUUCUCUUGGGCUUAACAAGUUGUCCAGAGUUGCAAGUUCCUUUCUUUGUGUUGUUCCUCGUGGUCUACAUAGUCACUGUGAUAGGAAACUUGGGCAUGAUUGUUUUAAUUAAAAUUGAUUCUUGACUUCACACUCCCAUGUACUUUUUUCUCUCAAGUUUGUCUGUUUUAGACCUGUGUUUCUCCACAAGUGUCACUCCCAAAAUGCUAGAAAAUUUCUUAUCGGAGGAGACCAUCUCAUAUAUAGGUUGUUUGGUGCAAUGCUAUAUUGUCAUUGCUGUGGUCCUCACAGAGCACGGCAUGCUGGCUGUCAUGGCCUAUGACCGCUACAUGGCCAUCUGCAAUCCACUGCUCUACAGUAGCAAGAUGUCCAAGCAAGUCUGUGUUCACCUGGUCAUUGUCCCUUAUGUCUAUGGCUUCCUCCUUAGUGUGAUGGAGACCUUGAGGACCUACAACCUCUCUUUCUGUGGCGCUAAUGAAAUUAAUCAUUUCUACUGUGCUGAUCCUCCUCUUAUCAAACUGGCAUGUUCUGACACCUACAGCAAAGAGUUAUCAAUGUACAUAGUCGCUGGCUACAGCAAUGUCCAGUCCCUCCUGAUCAUUCUCACAUCCUACAUGUUCAUCCUUGUCGCUAUCCUUAGAAGCCAUUCUGCAGAAGGAAGAAAGAAAGCUUUUUCCACAUGUGGCUCUCACCUGACAGUGCUCAUAAUUUUCUAUGGAACCCUCUUCUGCAUGCAUCUGAGACGUCCCACAGAGGAGUCCGUGGAACAGAGCAAAAUGGUAGCUGUGUUUUACACCACAGUGAUCCCCAUGCUGAACCCCAUGAUCUACAGUCUGAAGAACAAGGAUGUGAAAGAGGCCAUGAACAAAGUGAUGAGCAGAAUAUAUGUCAAAAAUUAG